AACAACUUGCCCAAAACCAUCUUCUGACCCUAGAAUCAUGAGCAAGGGAAGAGUGGGAAAAUCACAACCAAAUGAGCAAAAUGAGGCAAUAAAAUCAAAACAAAAGACUCUUUUUGGGUUUUUCUCGAGAAUUCCGACUCCUAAGAAAGAGCCUCAGUCUUCCUCUACCCCUUUGCAAAAGUCUUCCGCGUCGUCAGCUGCUGGCGGUAACAGCGACGCUAAACGUAAGCCAUUGCAGAGUCAAGAGAACGAAUUACCUGUUCGUGUUCCUGAAGAUUCUCUUCAUAACACUCUUUCGCCUCAUCCAUCUAGCGAUCCCUUCUCAUCUCCAUUGUCAAGCGGUAUCCAGCGAUCCUCGCCUAAGAGACCUUUGGAUUCGUAUGAGGACGGAAAUAGUCCUAAGUAUUUGAACGGAAAAUUACCUCGAACUUCAGAACAUACGGAUACUGCUGUCCAUUCUUCUCCACAUGACAACGACUCUGACGUUUCCUUGGAUUCCCCUACCAAAAAUAAAUCACAAAACUUUGAACUUAAUUCUUCAUUACAGUCGGACCCACAGUUUCUACCUUCUAAACAUCCCUUAUUAUCUUCGUCCUCAGCACAUGAGGAUCCAGAAAAAAAAGUCUACUCCGCAGAAUAGGGGAAGGCGUUCCAGAAAGUCUGUUUCGUACCAAGAAAGUGAUGACGAGGAUACAGCAUUGGCAGAUGCGAGAGUAUCGAGAGUCAAUCGCCGCAAAAAAAUCGUCCUUGAUGAUGAUGAUGAUUAUGAUGAAUAUGUAGAGCCAAAACAGGAAAAUGAUAUCUCUUCUGAUGAGUCUAUACCAAGUAAAGAAGAAAUCCCUGAAGAUGAUCUUAUGGAUGAGGACAACGAAGAAGAUGUGGAUACCGACGUCCAAAACCCACCAUUGGUAGCUCCGAAACCGGUGAGUACAUCACGUUCCUCGAAAUCGAUGUAUGAAAAUUAUCGCCUGGGGUCAAACUUAGCCUCUGCGGAUCUACCUUCUCCUAGAUCGGUUUCCCCCUCCAAGGCAGCGGCAGGCGGCGUUAUGAAUAGAGAUGAGAAACGAAGAUUGCGCAUGGAAGCUUUCAAGAAAGAUAAUUUGGAGCGCUAUGAAUGGCUUUUGGACGUUCGUGAUGCUGAUAAAAAUCGUCCCGGAGAUCCCAAUUAUGAUCCUCGAACACUCUAUAUUCCUCCUUCGGCUUGGUCAUCCUUCAAACCAUUUGAGAAACAAUACUGGGAAAUUAAGAAGAAUCUUAUGGAUACUGUGGUUUUUUUUCAAAAGGGAAAGUUUUAUGAAUUAUAUGAAAAUGAUGCUGCAGUUGGUCAUCAAAUAUUUUCUCUAAAAUUAACGGACCGUGUUAACAUGAAGAUGGUUGGCAUUCCAGAAGCUAGUUUUGACUAUUGGGCUUCUCAGUUCGUUGCCAAAGGCUAUCGUAUUGCUCGUGUUGAUCAGCUCGAGACUGCUUUGGGUAAAGAAAUGAAGGAUCGACAACGAACACAAAAAGAAGAAAAGGUUGUACAACGGGGUUUAACUCAAGUCCUUACUAGCGGUACUCUAGUCGAUGAAGCUAUGCUUACGUCCGAUCUUUCAACUUUUUGUAUGGCAAUCAAAGAAUAUAUUCGAUCCGAUAAUGAUGAGCCGUCAUUUGGCAUUUGUUUCAUUGAUACUUCUACUGGUGGAUUCCAUCUUUGCGAAUUUACGGACGAUAUUCAUAGAACGAAACUUGAUACUUUGUUAACACAAACGCGUCCAAGGGAGCUUAUCUUAGAAAAGUCUGAAGUAUCUCAGAAAUCAAUGAAAGUCAUAAAAUACUGUGUUUCUUCAGCAGCGAUUUGGAACUUUAUUAAACCAUCUACUGAAUUUUGGGAUAAAGAUAGAGUUAUUCGAGAGAUCAUUUCUUCCCACUAUUUUGAAAAUGGAUUAGAAGGAGCUCCGAAAGUACUUUCAAGGGUCCUAGAAACGAAAGAACUCGCUUCUAGUGCGUUUGGUGCUUUAGUUUGGUAUUUGCGUCAACUUAAACUAGAUAAAGAUAUGUGCUCCAUGGGUAAUUUCAUGGAAUAUGAUACAUCCCAACAUUCUACUUCUCUUCUUAUGAAUGGUCAAACCUUGAAAAAUCUGGAAGUUUUUUCUAACUCGUUUGACGGUGGUGAUAAAGGCACGUUGUUCAAUCUUUUAUGCCGUUGUGUAACACCUUUUGGAAAGCGAUUAUUCCAUACAUGGUUAUGCCAUCCUUUAAGAUCGCCUGUUGCUAUUAAUGCUAGGUUAGAUGUGAUCGAAUUAAUUGCAGAUAAUCCUUCCAUUAGAGAUACUAUAUGGGGAUUCAUGCAUAAGCUUCCUGACCUUGAGCGACUCAUAUCACGAGUCCAUGCUGGAAGAAGCAAGCCAAGUGAUUUUGUUCGUGUAUUGGAGGGAUUUCAAAAAAUCUCGUUAACGUUUCAGCAACUUCAGACUGAAUUCCAGGACAUUGCUAAGGGCACUUUAUUAGCCCAGUUGAUAGACAGCGCUCCUAAUAUGCAAGACGAACUUCAGUCUUGGACACGUGCUUUUAAUUGGCGAAAAGCAUCGGAAGAGGGCGUAUUCGUUCCAGAACCUGGUUUUGAAGCCGAAUAUGAUCAGUCUCAAAAAUACCAAACUGAGUUGAUUUCUGACUUACAUGAGCUUUUGGGGCAGUAUAAAAAGCAGCUGAAUUGCUCCUCUCUUACAUUCAAACAUGUCGGUAAAGAAGUGUAUCAAAUAGAGGUACCUUCUGAUGUAAAAGUGCCAGUAAAUUGGUGUAAGAUGUCGGGUACAAAAAAGGCGAAUCGCUAUUAUAAUGAUGAUUUGAGGAAAAGAAUUAGGAAGUUGCUUGAAGCUGAAGAAAUCCAUUUGUCGAUAAUGUCGCGAAUGCAAGACAAAUUUUACACAAGAUUCGACAGUAAUUAUGAAAAAUGGCUAGGAUUAAUCAAAUGUACGGCUUGUAUAGAUUGCUUUUUCAGCCUUUCUCAGGCUGCUGCUGCGUUGGGUGAACCUUAUUGUCGUCCAGAGAUUAUUGAGGGUGAUGAAGGUGAGUUAGUAUUUGAAGAGUUAAGACAUCCUUGCAUUAAUGCUACAGCUGCUGCUAUGUUUGUACCAAAUGAUGUUAUACUGGGAGGUGAUUCAGCGAACAUGGUAGUUUUGACUGGUCCUAAUAUGGCUGGCAAAUCCACCCUACUUCGUCAAGUAUGCAUAGCGGUUAUCAUGGCUCAGCUUGGUUGUUGGGUACCUGCGAAAUUUGCAAAAUUGACUCCCAUGGAUAGUAUUCAUACACGCUUAGGUGCUAAUGACGAUAUAAUGUCCGCUAGAAGUACCUUUAUGGUGGAGUUGUCAGAAACCAAGAAAAUUAUCGAUGAAACAGGACCAAAGAGUCUGGUUAUUUUAGAUGAACUUGGACGUGGUACUAGUACCCAUGAUGGACAUGCAAUAGCAUAUGCUGUUUUGCAUCAUUUAGUAUCAAACCUCGGUUGUCUUGGAUUUUUCUCGACACAUUAUCAAAGUCUUUGUAUAGACUUUAUUAAAUAUCAACAAGUACGACUGAUGCAGAUGGCUGCAGCUGUCGAUGAGGAGCAUCGACGUGUUACGUUCCUCUAUAAGCUAGAGGAUGGUAUUUGUCCUAAGUCUUAUGGUAUGAAUGUUGCCAAUAUGGCUGGAUUGCCGGAGUCGGUAAUCGAUGCAGCAGAACAAAAGGCUGAAGAUAUGGAAGCAACGACAAAAAGCUUCCAUAAAGCAACAGAUGACAUCGCUUUGGCUAGUGAUUUCUUUCAAUUAAUGCGUAUUAGUGAAGGAAAGGAGCCACCGACGAUGGCAAACCUUCCUUUGAUGCUCGACUGUAUAGCAGGAGGCGAUUAAAAAGUAGCAUUCUAUGAUUUUAUAAGCUACUGCUAUAAAUUUACAUUUAUGAAUAUAUUAGGUGUAGGGAGAAGAUUGUAUUUAUUGGUUUGCUGGCCAAAUCAAAAGUUGGAUGAAAGUACUUACAUUCUUUUUUACCUGGUUUUUAAGAUAUUUAAUGAAUAAUAGUAUUUGUU